AUAUAAAGUGCCAUAACUCGGUCAAUAGUCACAUAUAUCUGUAACUCGUUACGUAUUUUGCGUAAAUAUAACAUUCUAAUUUCGAAGAAAUUAUCAGGGAUUAGGGCAAAAUAAGGAAUCACCAUGACUGACUCAUUAACAGACGAAAGAAUUAGCGAAUUGGCAGAGGCUUUGGCCGUAGACAAGAGAUUACCCGCGCUAGGUCUAAAGCUCGGAUUCAGGCCAACAAAGGUCGAUAUGUAUAUGAGUAAUAAUAAGAGGAAUGAUAGUUUCGAAGGAACCACCGCCAUGCUCUUUGACUGGAAAAGAAAGACCAAAAAAGUGGAACAAAUUCCUGAUUUAGUGAAGGCACUGAGUGACUCUGGUUUAGUGGAAUUUGUGGAUGAAUUCUUCCCCGAAGGAGCCGCAAGACAAGUGACAGUCCCAACGGAAAACCCUUCCACUUCAGCUUCAAAUGUGGGCAGCAAAAGCUCGAUGGACCGACUUGUGAAGGAGAAGGAACUCAUGAAACUGGCAGGUUGCCUUCCAGCAGAUUCCUACUCAGAGGUCGCCAUUAACUUAGGGGUUGGGUUCACCGAACACGACAACAUCAGGAGGCAAAAUGCAUCAUUAAAAGAUGCUAAUUUUAAAAUGUUAAUGAAAUGGAAAUGCAGAGAAGAGGGUGGAAAAGUGAAAGAUCUGGAUAAAGCUUUAAAUGAAGCUAGUUGUGGAGGGCUUAUGUACAAAGAUGUGUAACUAUUUCAUGGUAUCCGCAAGUUUAUUUAUGCUACGAUCGCAAAGAUUUUUCGAAAAGAAAUAAACUAAAAAGGAAUUUCACCAGGCUUUGUCCAUCACCGAUUAGAAUGUAUGAAUAUUACUGCCAGGGACGUGUUACGCAAUCUGUACCUGAUUUCAAAGGGAUAAACGAUGAUAUAUUGAAUUUACCCUGUAAUUAAAUAAUUUUCGAAAGUCUUUGUAAUCGUGUUAACAUAGUGAAGUAAAAUAUCAGAGUUGAAGUUCUGGCACUACCACCAUUCACUACCUAUACAUUUUGGUCUUCUAUUCUAUCCAUUCUAGUUUACUCUUCCCUCACUUCAAUUUUGCUUUUCAACUUUAAAGACCUCCGGCGUAUCUGAAUCAAAUCAUUCAUCUUUGUGGUGUAUAUAUGUUUUCAGGAUGCAUUUUAUACUCAUUGUAAUUUGUGUGAAUGUACUAGUUUAGCUGCAGCACUUGUCUUUAAACCACGACCAGAUCAAUUUUGCCGAUUCCAUGGCAACUACUAAAUUGAGUUUAAACAUUUCAUUUGACUUUUAUACCGAAGGUGACAAAUGCAAUAAUUAUUUACGAUAACAUUCAACAUCCAAAGUUAUAAUUAAUUGUUCAUAGAAAGCUGGGACAAUUAUGAUCACAAAUGUAUAACUCAUGCCAAUUAAGUUUCAUUGAAUAACACGUAACACCAAUGAUUCAAACAUUGUGUCCUUUUUACCCAAUGUAUGCCCACGACCGUUAAUGUUAUGUAUGUAUGGAUAUAAGGUUGCAUUAAUCUGUCGUCUAGUUCAACGUGUUGUGUUCAUCAGUGAAACGGAUGAUAACCGAUUGAUAAUAGUACAAUAGGACUUUGAAACGCAAUGAUAGCCCACAAAAGGUGUUUACCAGUCAUCGGGGAAUACCAUCUUUUAUGUGCUGGCAGUCAUGGAAGACUGAGUAAAAAUCCUGUAUUCAACUACACGUGUUAUCUUGCUUUACCACGAUUUUGAUGAAUACAUGUCGUAUAAAACUUGUUUUUAUAAAAAUCGACGAGGACAACCGACUAUCAAUAUAGAAUAUCCCAGUUGCUGAUCGUGACCUUGAAUUUAUUCAUAUUAUAUUGUUAUUUGACUAUUCAGAUCCUCGACCAUUAAGAUUUUACAUGUUUGAAUAUUGAUAUCAGAUAUUGUAAGUUGCACAACGUCGGAUCGAAGUCCGAUCAAAUAAAGAGCGGUAGGCUUCUGGCAAAAAUUAAUGAGUAAUCUCUUUAACUAAAAGAAAUUUGAAUGAUUAAUCUCUUCAAAUUCAUGAAACAUUUUCAUAUCGAAGCGUAUUGAUAUAUUGCACUGAUCAUAACAAGGGCUUCGUGAAUAAGUAAACGAAUUUCAUAAAGAUCUAGUCCAAGGGUUCCUUGCACAAGUGAAACUCUUUCUCAAACCAAAGACUUGUCUCUGCCUCAAGUCUGACCCAAGCUGUUACCCUAGCCCGGACUCUUUGCCUUACAUAACAUGAAUGCAGAUCCAAUGUUGUGUCAUUGUUUAAAAUGUCUCAUAUUCGAUAUGAUUCUGUGAAAUAAAUGUGUUACUUGAUUACAAUCUUGACCCAGCUGUAUGGUUGACGAAAUAAACCAAGUAGGAGCAAACGAAA